AUGAUCCGCGUCAAUUUUUAUGGCCGAUCAGCGCGAAUCUGCUAUAUCCUCGAGUUGAGUCCGCAUUCUUCUCUCCUCGACCAGCGGGCCAUGUGUCAAAUGAGGUCUGACGAGAACCUGGGUUUUAAAAUAUACUGGCAACAACAGGCAGAUAAAGUGCACAAAGUCUUAACGUAUGCCUGUCGGAAUUGUGUUUACUUUGAGGAAGCGGCUCAGACGGAGGAAGAACGCGGAGAGAAGUGGCUGGUCUACCGGAAUGAUCUGAUGGCCGAGUCCAAAGAGACCGCGGGUGUCACUCAAGAUCUCCAUACUGAUCCGACCCUGCCUAGGUCAAGAAUCACAUGCCCAUAUUGUAAGCAUCGCGCGGAUAUCCUCCACGGGACCCAAGACCAAUCGAAGCGGAACCUAACAACAAUGACAUUGUUUUAUGUCUGCACGUCUUGCAAUAAACCUUUUCAGGUGACUGUUCCAGUCUAUCCCUCCUCGACCAUUUUCCCUGCCUUCCCACUUGAUCUGAAGUUUAGCGCGAUGCAUUUUGGUAGGAUCCGAUGCUCCAGGGAAAUGCGACCUAAAGGCCAAGGCAUAUAUUCAAUGUUGCUCACAUCAAUUCCCUGGCCAGCUGAUACCAACCAUGUUAAGUCGGGUAUGGGGCUGCAGACUCUCCUGUUCUACACCAUUUAUUCGUCGUCCAUCUCGAUUUUAAUCAUAUCAGUUAAGCAAUAA